AUGGUCAUGACCUGUCAUCACGCCCCUUCCACAGCCCACCUCAUCCUAUUGGUCCUGCUCAUUGUCACUCCACAGCUGGCUGGCACCGCCCCUGUGCGGGGUGAGGGAGCGGAGGGAGGGGUGGAGGGGCGCACCCGGACAGACCAGAAAGAGGACAGCCUCGCCCCCUUUCUCUCGCCCCCACCCCAGAGUCUCUCCAGCCCUGACAACGUGUCCCUAGACCGGGGCCGGGGCCUGGGUCAAGAUAACCAGUCAGAUAAAGCAACGGACCCUGCGCAAGUGCUUGCAGUUCUUUUGGAGGCCCUGGACCACCCAGGGGAGAGUGAAAUUCAGGCGAGCAGAAACAGAGACUGGGAAGAGGAUCAGAGUCAGAGGCUGCCCUCCACUGAAAGGUUGGAGGGUGGUGAGAUAAGGAAAACAGGGCAGGCAGAGGGAGACAGGGGGGUGGAGGAGGAGAAGGAGGGACGAAGAGCUGAUAAGGCUAUUGAACAGCUAAUUGUGGGCCAUUUGACAGCUGCUCAGGGUGAUGACUUAAAGGAAAGGGAAGAGGAGGAUAAAAAUACAAGGUCAGAGGAGAACCCAGGGUGGUCUGUGGAGGAUGUGGGACCUGAUAGUGUGAGUGAGGAGGGAGACAAAGAAGAUGAGGAGGGGCAGGAGGGGGGAAAGGAUUUAGAAAGUUUCUUAGACAACGGCAGACUAAGUUCCACCUCACAGGGAGAUGAUCCCUCUCUGCAGCGCAAAAUAAGAGGCUACUUCCAAAACAUUGACUUGGGUCUCCAAGAUAAUGAAAUCCUGCCUCCACUGAAGGGCUACAAAGCAUAUAACACUCAGUUAGCACGAGCAGGAAAGAAGCUGCACUGGCAGGAGAACCAGUCUCACAACCGACCCGUCAAAGGGGGCAACUUUAUGGAUGACUUUGAGGAUGAAGGAGAGGAGCUGGAGGAGGAGGUUGAGGAAGAAGAGGAGAGCCUCUCCCACAUGGAAGAAGAGGCGAGAGCACGCGCAGAGAAACAGGAGGUGCUCCGACAGCAGGAGGAGGCGGAGCGAGCCAGAGAGGAGGAGCAGAGGCUGGCAGAUAUUGCCUCCGACAUGCUGCUGCAGUACAUGGGGAGGAAGCAACAGUCCUACUUGAAGCCCCGACAGAAAAGCAGCAUGGGGGCCGCCGGCAACACUGCUGAGGACAAGCGCUCUGAGGAGGUCCUCCCUGAUGAAGAUGAUCUGGACCAGCAAAUGAUCGACAGGCUCAUUGAGAUCAGCAGCAAGCUGCACCUGCCUGCUGAUGAUGUGAUUGAGAUUAUUAGUGACGUGGAGGAGAAGAAGAAGAAGAGAAAAGAGCUGCAACAGCAACCAACAAACAGCAACCCCGUUGCCCCACGCUUUAGGCCUCUGGUACCUCCUCCUCUGGCUGCCCCGCCUAUCUACCACUACACAGCCUCAAAAAACCCCAAGAAAGCCCCUUAUAAGUACAACAAGUCCAACAAGAAAUGGCAGAAGGACAAAGUCAAGUCAUACAAGCAGGACUAUUGGUAUAAGCCUCAGAAGCAGCUUGACUACUGGUAUAAACCCCAGAAACAGUUUUUAGCCUUCCCCUCCUAUCCAUACUACCAGAAGCCAUAUCGAGCCUACUACCCUGUUUAUUUCCCAUAUCCCAAACCACAGUAUUAUGGCAAGCCUUCCCCCUCCAGAGACCAGCCCUUCGGCCCCCAGGAAAUUGAACUCCAGGCCCCUAGGCGCAGGCACAGGGCUGGGGGUAAGAACCGUGGACAGGGUUGGAGGCAGCAGCCAGCGCCACGCCUGCCUCUCACCCCUUAUAUCUCUAACUAUAUCCUUCCUCACCCACGGACCUACCAACCCCUACCUCCCCCCAAACCAAUAACCACGCCCAGGAGAGGCAGGCGACCCCCGUACUACUAUCCACAAAUCACACCGGGAGAUGACUAUGAGGAAGAUGGGCUGGUGCCUCAGCUGGACAGUGAGGAGGAACUGGAAAACUUUAUUGAGAGGAUCUACAUGAAGCGCAGAAUGUAUUGA